AUGGCGGCUACCGGAAUAUCAUCGAAUCGAUGUUCGAUAUGUGAGAAGAAUGCAGCCAUGUGUAACUGCAUCGGAUGUAAAGCAUUCUUUUGUGUCAAGCAUUUUAAUGAACAUCGUCAACAGUUAUCAAUGCAAUUCGAUCAUGAUGUUGUAAAAGCUCAUGAUGAACUACUCGAGUAUAUCAAUCAAAUGAAACAAUUGAAUAAUUCUCCGUCUGAUCUUUUUUCUACAAUUGAUCAAUGGGAAAUCUCAACGAUCGAAAUAGCCAAAAGAACAGCUGAUAGAGCCCGUGAUCAACUCACUCAACUGCUCAAUAAUGAGAAAGAGACAUUGCAAAAACAAGUUGAAAGUUUAACACAAGAAAUUCGUAGUCGACGAGAAGAAGACGAAUUUGCUGAAAAUGAUCUUAGACAAUUUCGAGAAAAAAUCAAUAAAUUACAACAAUCUUUCAAACAACUUGCUCGACCAAACAACGUCAACGUGAUUGCGUCCCAAAUUGGUCAGGUCGAUUGGAAUCGUCUUAUCUGUGUUGACAAACAACAAGAAACAAUUUUGCUACGUUCAGCUAACAUUGAUAUCAAUGCAACAUGGAGCAACAAUGGCAUUACUGUAGCUGGAGGCAAUGGACAAGGAAAUAGAUUGAAUCAACUGAACAGUCCCCAAGGAAUAUGUGUCGAUAAUGAAGAUCAAAGUUUUUAUAUCACUGAUUGGUGCAAUCAUCGUAUUAUGAAGUGGCCAUCGAAUGGGAAGACCGGCCAAGUAGUUGCCGGUGGAAAUGGAGCAGGAAAUAGUAUGAAUCAAUUGAAUAAUCCAUUGGAUAUAAUUGUCGACAAAGAGAGAGACAAUCUCAUCAUCUGUGAUUCUGGAAAUCAACGAGUAAUGUUAUGGUCUUGUCGAAAUGCUCCUAGUGGACAAACAAUCAUUUCUAAUAUCGAUUGUCGAGGUUUAGCAAUGGAUAAUAAUGGAUUUCUCUAUGUUUCAGACUACAAAAACAAUGAGGUUAAGCGAUGGCGAAUAGGAGAAUCUGAAGGUAUAGUGGUUGCUGGUGGAAAUGGAAAAGGAAAUCGUCUCGAUCAGCUUAAUGGUGCUCAAUAUAUAUUUGUCGAUCGAGAUCGUUCCGUAUACGUAUCGGACAUGAAUAAUUAUCGUGUUAUGAAAUGGAUAGAAGGUGCAAAAGAAGGAAUUGUAGUAGCAGGUGGUCGGGGUAAAGGAAAUGAUCUUACACAAUUGUCAUCUCCCUAUGGAGUUAUCGUCGAUCAGUCUGACACAGUCUAUGUUGUAGAUUGCGGUAGUCAUCGAAUAGUACGAUGGCCUAAUGGAGCUAUAGAAGGCAGUGUUGUCGUUGGCGGAAAUAGUUGUGGGGAUAAAACAAAUCAAUUAAAUUAUCCUGUAGGCUUUUCAUUCGAUCGAUUUGGUAAUCUCUUUGUUGCCGAUAACGGGAAUAGUCGAAUACAGAAAUUCAAUAUUGCUUCGAGCUUGUCUUCAUAG